GCGACCCCUCAUCCUGCUCGUUCCGCGUAGCUCCCCAUAACUAGCUUGCCGACUAUCUAGAGACCCUCAAGCGACAUGUCUACAGCACAUAGGCCGACAUGGGAUCCAGCACAGGCGAAAGACGUCAAGGGUGGCUCGCGCCAGUUCUCGGUGCGAGACAUGGCUGCACACACGAAGCUCAAGUUCCGACAACCUGGGCAGACGUCAACGGCAGAGGUAGCGAAGCGGGACCUGCGCGCAGAGUUGCUCGCGGCCGAGGCGGAGGCGCGCGACCGGAAGCGCAAGGCAGAGGGCAAGCCGCCACUGGCCGUGGAGAACGGGAGCGGGGCUGAUGCGGCGACGGAGGGACAGAGCGAAGAGUCAAACAAGCGCAGGAAGUUGUUGCAGGAGGCGCUUGAGCUGGACAAGGACGAUGAUGACGAGGACGAGAAGAGCGAGAAGGGCGAGAACGGAGAUGAGGACGACGACGAAGAGGACGAGGAUGAGGACGAGGAGGAGGACGACACGGCAGAACUCCUGCGCGAGCUGGAGAAGAUUAAGCGGGAGCGAGCAGAGGAGAAGGAGCGGCAGGACCGGGAGCAGUCUGCGUCCGCGCAGGCGGAGCGCGACGCGGAGAUCGCGACGGCGAACCCGCUGCUGAAUCUUGCGGCCGCGCUCGGCCAGACGCCGAACGGCGUGAACACGACGAAGCCGGGCACGUUCGCGGUGAAGCGGCGGUGGGACGACGACCUCAUCUUCAAGAACCAGGCGAUGAGCUCGCGGGACAAGGACAAGGAGCCGCACUUCGUCAACGAUCUGUUGCGGACAGAGUUCCACAAAAAGUUCAUGGCGAAGUUCAUCAAGUGAACCUCGCGCUCUGUUGUACUUUCUACUGUAUCAUCGGCUAUACGAACUGCUUGGGGACCUUGUCUGUGCAAAUGCGCCCCUCGAGCUGCCCGACCAUUCACCAUUACACAUGUCCAGCAACACAGGACAUAUAUUUAUCAAGGGAACUACGUAUACGUCACGCACCUUCUCGGAGCAGUGCCCGGCUUUCAUGUACGUCGACCUGGGGACCUGUACACCACAUAUGGAGGUUGUGCGCGACAUACGAUGGCUAUGCACCACAGCGACAUAUUGCUUUCGCGUACCUGCGCGUUUCGCACAUUUUAUUCCUCCGCUCCGCUGCU